GUCUAGCGUAAACGAACGGCCGAGAAACGCGCGCGUACUUUUAAAACUUACAAACUAAUAAGUUUUGUUUAUUUUGAUUGUUGAGUGUACAAUAAGUGUUUGUAUUAGUGCAGUAUAAUUAAAAUAUAUCUACAAAAUAUACAUCCAUAAAUUUGUUUCAAUUUUAAGAUGGUGGCAGAUACGAGUAGAGACGCCGAGAAGACCGACGGGGAGCUCGCAGAUCAGUAUGGAUACAAAAAGGAUUUCCGAACAGCACUCCCGCAGUUCCUAGCCGUUAGCGUCAAGAACUUGUUAUUACUUGGUUAUGGCAUGACACUCGGUUUUCCGACAAUUCUCAUACCUGCAGUGAGCCAACCAGUAGAAGAAGAAGAAUUAAGUCUACACCCGUCACAAGUAGCUUGGAUUAGUUCAAUCAACUUAAUAGUGGUCCCAGUGGGCUGCGCAUUGUCCGGCGUAGUGACCGCUCCGAUGGGCCGGCGGCGCGCGAUGCAGUUCGUGAACCUACCCUUCUUUGUGGCUUGGCUCAUGUUCCAUUUUUCCACCACUCCAGGGCAUUUAUAUGGAGCUCUGUUCCUCACUGGGUUGGCGGGAGGACUUCUUGAAGCUCCGGUGUUAACAUACGUGGCUGAGAUAACACAGCCGCACCUCCGGGGAGCGUUCACCGCCACCAGCUCGAUGUGCAUUAUCAUUGGCGUGUUCACGCAGUUCCUCUUCGGCCUGCUUAUGUACUGGCGCACCGUGGCACUGGUUAACAUCAUAUUUACGAUCCUUGCGGUGAUCGCCCUGUUCUUCGUUCCCGAGUCUCCGCACUGGCUUGUAUCGCGGAAACGAUACGAUGAAGCGAAGUCGAGCCUCCAAUGGCUUCGUGGAUGGACUCACUCCAGUGCCGUAGAGAAAGAACUACGAGACAUCCAGGCAUUAUAUAAAAACAAAAAAGUGCAAUCAGAGGACUCGAAUGAAACUAUUAGAGAAAAAAUAUCGUAUUACCUGGAGAGAACAUUUUUGUUUCCAUUCUUUCUAGUUAGUUACUGCUUCUUCAUUGGGCAUUUCAGCGGCAUGACUACGUUACAGACAUACGCGGUGUCCAUAUUCCAGAUGUUAGAAGCUCCGAUAGACAAGUACUACGCCACGUUGAUCCUGGGCAUCGUGCAGAUAUUGGGUUCUGGCGCGUGCGUAGCGCUGGUGCACUACACGGGGAAACGUCCCUUGGCGGUAUUCUCCACGGCGGGUGCGGGGACCUGUUGCCUACUCGUAGCGGCAUACGACGGCUACAUACAAACGAAAAGUAUAAUUUCGGGCUACUCGUGGAUUCCCACAAGCCUCCUUUUGAUGCUGGCCUUCAUCACACACACGGGGAUCAGGUUACUGCCUUGGAUUCUUAUUGGUGAGGUAUUUAGCGCAAAGACGCGAUCAGGAGGCGCCGGCCUCGCCAGUGGCGUCGGCUACAUCUUCGGCUUUCUAACCAACAGGUUGUAUGUUGCCUUAUUGGACAACAUAUCAAUUCGUGGCACGUAUGGCCUCUAUGGUGCAGUAACCUUAACUGGGUGUUUGGUGUUGUAUUUUAUUCUGCCGGAAACUGAAGGAAAAGAGUUGGGUGAUAUAGAAAAUCACUUCGCAGGAAUUAAGAAGCUUGGCAACGAGGUGUAUAAACCUCCGAAAAAAACGAAGGAAGUGUCAAUGUCUCAUCUCAAAGGUGCCAGCAAUCCAACGUUUGAGGGCGAUGAUACGCAUAUGUAGGUCAUAAUAAUUGUA